AAGUUAGAAACAUAUCGGGGCGAAAUAAAAAAAGGGGGGGGGAAAUUCCUUGUUUUUCUCUCGCUAAAUAUCUACGCACUGAAGAAUCGCAGUAGCUUUAACAAAAAUGACUAAAGAAUUCACGGUGCCGCCGGUGAUAUUCCCCUCCGGCGGUGGAGUCAACCCCACCGUCGGAAACAUCAACCAACGCCGAGUCCCAACGGCUCCAUUCCAACCUACACGCCCUCAAUCAUCCUCCUCCUCCUCCGCCAUACCUUUCAUGUCCUUCGAUAUCGGUUCCGCCGCGUCAUCAUCCGGAUCCUUCGGCGGCACAAUCUCCUCGUCAGCAGCAUUCGGAUCCGCCUCAUUCGAUGACGAAGAACCCCUCCUUGACGAACUCGGCAUCCACCCGGACCAAAUCUGGCACAAAACGAAAUCCAUCCUCAAUCCUUUCCGGGUCAACGCGACGGCCCACAAAGACUCAGACCUGUCGGGGCCAAUCUUCCUCUACUUAUCCCUCUGCUUAUUCCAACUCCUCGCCGGCAAGAUCCAAUUUGGGGUAAUCCUCGGCUGGAUCGUCGUCUCCUCGAUUUUCCUCUAUAUCGUUUUCAACAUGUUAGCCGGACGCAACGGCAACCUAGAUCUGCACACAUGUACGAGUGUGAUUGGUUAUUGUAUGUUACCAGUUGUGAUCUUUUCGGCAGCAUCGCUCUUUAUUCCGCAGGGCAGCAGCGUUCCUAGAUACAUAAUGGCGGGGGUUUUUGUUGUGUGGGCCACUAGGGCUUGCACCAAUUUAAUGGUGGCGCUUGCUGAUGGAGGUGAAGAACAUCGUGGCCUUAUCGCAGACCCAAAAAUGGCAGGAGGAGUUAAUAGGAAAAUAUCAGCUGCAUCAGCAAGAGCUCACACUAGACGAGCCAAGCAAACCAAUUCCUUCAAGCUUCCUUCAGGCAUAUCCACGAAGAUAUUAUUGCUCUUAUCUGUGGGCAUUUUGGCAUGUGCUUAUCAGGCCAUUCAGCCGCCUCUACCCAAGAAAUGUGGCUCUCCAGAUGGUCCACCUGUCACGGCCACAAGAAUUAAGCUGAAGGAUGGAAGGCAUUUGGCCUACAAAGAGCAUGGUGUUCCACGAGAUGCAGCAACGUAUAAAAUUGUCUUUGUCCAUGGCUUUGAUUCUUGCAGGCUUGAUGCUGUUGUUGCUGAUGCCCUGUCACCGGAAACUGUUGAAGCUUUAGGGGUCUACAUUGUGUCUUUUGACAGACCAGGUUAUGGAGAAAGUGACCCUAAUCCAAAACGAACAGUAAAGAGUAUGGCUUUGGAUAUAGAAGAACUUGCUGAUCAAUUGGGACUAGGAUCCAUGUUUUAUGUAAUUGGAUUUUCUAUGGGAGGGCAGGUGAUUUGGAGUUGCCUGAAGUACAUCCCUCACAGGUUAGCGGGGGCAACAUUGUUAGCUCCAGCUGUUAACUACUGGUGGUCCAGUUUUCCUGCAAACUUAUCUAAAGAAGCUUAUCAGCAACAGUUGCCACAAGACCAAUGGACACUUCGAGUGUCUCACUAUGCUCCCUGGCUUACCUACUGGUGGAACACUCAAAAAUGGUUCCCUAGUUUUAGCCCUAUUGCUCACAGUACUGAUAUUCUUUCCAUUGAGGACAAAAAACUCAUGCCGAAUAUAGCCUCUAUUAGGAAUCAUACGGUACUGUCGGCACUAAUAAGACAGCAAGGUGAAUAUGAGUCCCUGCACCGUGACCUGAUAAUUGGAUUUGGAAGAUGGGAAUUCUCUCCCAUGGAUCUGAACAAUCCAUUUCCUAAUAAUGAGGGCUCUGUGCACCUGUGGCAAGGAAAUGAGGAUAAGCUUGUGCCUGUUACCCUUCAACGCUAUAUUGCCCAACAACUCCCAUGGAUUCAUUACCAUGAACUACCUGGUGCUGGACAUUUGUUUCCAUAUGCUGAUGGGAUGUCCGAUAAUAUGGUGAAGGCACUAUUGGUCGGAGAGAAGUAGUCUUACUUUAUAGUUUUGUCCCUUGUCCAAGUAUCCCCCAUUAUAAGUUAUAACCAGAAUUGAUGCCUGCAACUUUUUAAGGGUUGAAUCGACAACUUUUUCAGGGGAAAUGCAAAGGCUGUAUUCAUUUAGUUCUAAAAGAUACAGGGGGGGUGACGGGGGUUGUUCGAGUACUGCAAUUUCUAAAAUAUCAUGAUGUCAAGCAUGUUUGCCGAUGGUAGGUGCAUGCGGUCUGUGACACAUGCACAUUUGUCUGUCAAAUACAUUUUCCUUCUUUUGCUGGUUGAUCUCAAAUAUAUUAUAAUAGCAUUACAAGCUUUGCCAAUAUUAUCUGUGGAUGAAAAA